GUCAUGUUGUGGUCAAUAUAAUGUUAUGGGUGUGUCGGAUUGCGCUUUCUGAUAAUUAACUGACACAUAUAUUAUAUGCUGAUCACAAAUCACUAAAAGAUGCCUUGAUUCAAUGGCAUAGCUUUGAACCUGAUCAGUCUAGGACUAGCACAGUGUCUUUGAGCUAUUUUGUUCUGAGCUCAAACUUGAUUCUGAUUUGGACUGCUAAAUGUUUUCACUAUUCUUAUUUCAGACAAUGGAUGAGCCAUAUCCAACUGAUGACCUACCAGCAAAGGAUAUCUCAGUAUGUGAUGGAUCGGAUGGAUCCAUCCUUGCAGCAGUCAAUCCAACUGAACCAGCUAAGCAGGAGGGGCUGGAACCAAUGGCAGUGGACAUUAUCACUGGCAAUCCUGUACAAAGUAAAAUGCUGAUGGCUGCUAAUGAAACCAGCAGCCAGGCCACAGGUUCUGCUCAGAAUGCGGGUGAUCCUGUAUGCGAGCCAUCUGAUCCUGUUUUGGAACACCCUGAGCCACCCACUGAGGCUGCUGAUCUGUCUCUGGAGGCUGGAGAGGCUGUACCAGAGGUGACAGGUGACAGCACAGUGUCCCAGCAGCCUGAGGGCAUGGUCACAGACAGGGGUUCCCUCAGCUACACUGGUGAGCCACAGCUCCUCACUACUGUGACUGCACCAUUCUCGGCCAGCAACUUCACCAAGGGCUGCAAAUGGUCACCAGAUGGCACCUGUCUGCUGGUGUGCAGCGAGGACGGUUGUCUGCGGGUGCUGAACCUCCCGGAGUCGCUGUACAGCUCCGCGGCCACCGGCGCCGCGCCCGAGACGCCCCUACCACCGCCCCCGGUGGCGCUCCAGUCGCGAGAGGGGGAGCUCAUCUACGACUAUACGUGGUUCCCGCUGAUGAGGAGUGACGACCCUGCCACCUGCUGCUACGCGUCCACGAGUCGGGCUCACCCGAUACACCUGUUUGACGCCUUUGACGGAGGGCUGCGCUGCUCCUAUCGUGCCUACAACAGCGUGGACGAGGUGGCGGCAGCGUACAGCGUCGCCUUUGACCCGUGUGGGGAGCGGCUCUUUGCCGGUCUGGACGGCUGUGUCAGCGUGUUUGACGUCAAUCGGCCUGGGAGACAGAUGGAGACGCGGAAAAUGAAAGACAAGCAGAGCCUGACCUCCCAGCCGGGCCUGGUCUCCUGUAUACGGUUCUGCGCCGCCGCACCGGACGUGUACGCCACCGGCUCCUAUCUCCGCUCUAUCGGCCUGUACGGCACGGAGGACGGCGCGCCUCUGUGCGUGCUACAGGGACAGACGGGCGGCGUCACCCACCUCCAGUUCAGCCAGGACGGCCGGCGACUGUACUCGGGAGGACGGAAGGACCCGGAAGUACUCUGCUGGGACCUGCGGAACCUGGGGAGGAUUCUGUUCUCCAUGCAGCGGAAUGUGACCACGAACCAGCGGGUGUAUUUUGACACCGACUGGAGCGGGAGGUAUCUGUUCAGUGGUGACUGUGACGGCUGUGUCCAGGUGUGGGAUACCAUGGAGGACCCGGCCUCUGACCUCAGCGAAACACUCUUGCUGCCCAGCGUCCGCAAGUUUGGGGCGCACCGGGACUGCUGCAACGGAAUAAGCGUGCACCCGUGGCUGCCGGUACUGGCCACCUCCUCUGGCCAGCGGCACCUGUCCGAUCUGCUGGACUCCAGUGACGAGGAGGAGGAGGAGGAGGAGGAGGAGGACGGUGAUCCGCCCCACCGCCGUCAGGAGAGCUCCGUUAAACUGUGGUGGGUAGGUGACUGAUGGACCGAGAGAUCCCUCAAUAUGUGUUAACUUAUGGACCUGAUCGUGCCGUCAAUAUGUAGUGGCUGAGGCACUGACAGUACCUUCAUCAAGUGUGUGAAGAACGGGAACUUCCAUGCUUCCCUUUCUCACCGGCUCAAGGAACCUUGGCAAAUUUUGUCACAUCAACGCUUAAAUGAAGGCCGUCAUUCACUCAGCAUCAACAUCAUACCCGGCCUGAGUAACACUUGUGAACACGAGGUCCCGGGGCUGCACCAGCUACGACAGCGAGCUGUCCGACGUGAGGCGGAGCAGGAGCUGGCCGCCGUCAAGAUGCUCUCACUUGGAGGGGACAGCACAGGUCAUUGGCGCUGUGUGAGCAGGAUGUGUUAGGCCGGCGCCAUUUCCGUUUUCGCGACUCGCGACUUGACGCAGGACCCACAGCUCAUGUGUCUGCUGGAGUUCCCACGUGAGGAUCUGAUAAAGGUGUAUCGGUAACAACCGCUCGAAAGGCAGGGACAUGACGGUGUCCCAGGCGGCCAGACUGACCCUGGACGACUUCAAGGGUAGCAACCGUGCUCUCACAAUAUGGGGCCAGUACAAGUCCACGCUGCGCUGCAUCAGCUGCGGGACCCAGUCGGUGAAGUUCGAGGCGUUUUCACACCUCUCCGUGCCGAUGCCAGCCAGGUCCAGUCAGUGCUCGCUGCACGAGUGCAUCCAGCCUUUUGUGGCGGGCGACACAAUCAGCGGCUGGGCUUGCCCGGAGUGUCAAAGCAGCGACGGGGCCACCAAGCGGCUGAAUAUCUGGCGUCUUCCAUCAGUACUGAUCAUCCACGUACAUCGCUUUUUCAACGAUGGCGCAUGGGGGGGGGGGGUAAGAGAAGCAGUGUAACGUCCAGUUCCCUUAAGAAAAUCAGGACAUGUGCUGACUGAACUUGAAUGUGUUAACAGCGCCGUUCUUUGUGUUCCUCAGAGGAAAGGGCUGUGAUGUCAUUUCGCCUCAUUUUGUAUACCUCUGGGGCCGUAUUCACGUCGACUUCUUAAGUCGAUUUUCUUUCGUAAGUAUAAUUUGGUAUUCACGUCGUCACUUCUUAAGUUUUUAUCGACGGAGUUCACGUGAAUAAAAAAAAUUUACUUAAGAAGUAGGUCAAACUUAAGAAAAUUCUUACGAAAAUGAUGGACGUGAAUACGGCCCCUGGUCACGAAUCAGGUGUUAGUGUAAUUAGUUGGAAAGAAUUAUGAUGAAAUGUCUACGUUUUGUAUGGUUUUUAAUAUAUCAGUCAUUGUCGA